GUUUGACUGUCAAUUUUUGUUUUGCAAUGUGCGAGUGAGUUUUCUUGCGAUUUCUUCAAUUUUUUAGGGAUUUUCUUCGGAAUUUGCUGUGAAUUUGUGACAAAAGUGCAGGGAGAUCGAUUCCUGUAGUCAUGGGGCAGGUGGGAUCGAUGAUAUCAAGGCGUGCCAAUAGGUGGAAUGCAGAAAAUCGAGCUCAUAAAAUUAUUGGAAAGGACAAACCAACACCGGCUCCCAAAUAUUCUUCCAAUCUCCGUGAAAUUCAGGAAGCUCUCAAGAUAACCCCAGAUUUAGUGGAGAAGCUCAGCAAGAAGGAUGCAGGUCUUGAUGAUCGACUGAAGCAAGUUUAUGUAACUUCAGAAACAACAAUUGUGCAAAAUGAUCCUGAGACACAAAAUAUAGACAGACCGCUGCCCAGUGACACAAAACGCGUGGAGGACUUUGAAUUUGGUCACAAAGAGCCAAAGAAUGUAAGACACGGUCGGGUAACAUUGAGGCAAGCAUCUCAAUUCCUUGGGGAUUAUCAGAGAGACCAAACAGAAUGGACAGUGGAAAAAAUAGCUCAACACUACAAUCUUCCUGUAAAUACAGUUGAUGCCAUCGUGACCCACUUUAGACCGUUUCAAAUUUAUAUUCCGGAUCCCAAGAGGCAGGAUAAGGUUCUUCAGCAAUCUGGGACAGCGCAGAAAGCUCUCCCCAAAUCCCCAAGUGAAGAUGAAGCAAAAAAAUCGUAAUAGAAAAAUUAUUAGGAUUAAAGUUUCUUUAGAUUUCAAAAUUA